UAGUAAAGAAAAGUGAAUCAUCUCUUAGGAAAAUCCUCACGCCAAGACCUUUACCUUUUCUAAAUUAUCAUGCCAUUGUAUAUAUUAAUAUUUCACGUCACACCAUUUUAUAUAGGCUGAAAUUACUAAGUGGGAGUGGUGAUAGGUCCCUAAAUCUGGACAUGGAGAGUUUGAAGUUUGAAUCCAUUUGGUCUCAGCAACAGUAGCUUUCUGAGGCAGAUUUUCAAGACUGUGUGUAUGUGUGUGAGGCAGUGAGGGUGAGUAGUCUUUCUCUUUCAACAGGAGCAGAGAGAAAUGCAGAAACAUACUUUGUUGUCACCGAAUUUAAUGCUUCUUGGAGCUUUCUCACAUGGCGUUAUUUUCUUUGCUUGCGUUUCUGUUUAGGGUGUUUUCGCUCUCUGCCGUGCUGUCCGCUUCUAGCAUUUAUUGCCCUCUGCAAUUUUGAUUAAACAUUAGUACAUACCUCGAGAUUUCACCUCAACCAUUUACUAUCUUCUUCAUGCAUUAACUCUCCAUCCUUCUCUCUCUAAGGUGAAAAAAAAAUGAGGAAGAAGAGUUAGUAAUCAAGAAUUUUUUGCGUGUGUUGAUAGAAUAUGGGGCACUUGAACAAGUUGGAGCCCAAGAAGAGGCAACUCUCCUCAGCCAGUUUGUUGAAAGAAGAGAUUGUGCAGCUCCAGAAAGAGCUAGAGGGCCAAACUGUGGUGCGUUCCGCGCUAGAGAAGGCGCUGAAUCACCGGCCUCUCUUGGAUGACUCGACGUUCAAAUCACUCUCUCAGCCUGCAGAAAAUCUGGUAAAAGAGAUAGCCCUUCUGGAGUUGGAGGUUGUGUAUUUGGAGAAGUACCUUCUCUCAAUGUACAGAAGCAGCUUCGCCAAGAGGCUAUCGCCUCUGCCUAAAGGGGACGCGAGGCCAAAAACUGAUGCUGAAGCUCCGAGUUGGAUCAGGUCUGUGGAAGUAGUUGCCAAGAGUAGUUUGGAAUCAGUGAGUGAAGAGUCUGUGAUUAGGGUUGGUGGGGAUGAUCCGAAUAACGCGUUUCCUCUGAGAUGCAACGAGCUUCUUGGCUCAGACGCGUUGGCAGACACUGGUAUCUACCGGAGCCACUCAUCACUCUCUCACUCGGCUUGCUCCUUCAGAGCUUCGCCUCCGAAUGGAGCUGUAGCCGAAGCCCUAGACUCCUACCAUUCUCUGCCUUUAUCCAUGCUUGAGCACACGUCGGAAGAUGGUAAUCGAGCAGAGGACCCUCGUUGUAGCUUCCGAGAAACUCCCAACUGGAUUUCUGAGGAGAUGAUCAGAUGCAUCUCAACCAUCUAUUGUCAUCUGUCUGAUCCUCCUCUCCCCUCUCAAGCUUUCGGCUCUUUCUCUCUCUCAUCGCCUCACAGCAAGCUCUCUCCACAAGCGCCGUGGCAGAACAUUCCUCUCCCAAAGGAACAUUCUGGAUCAUUCUACACAAUGGUGCAAGUGUGCAGCAUUGUAAGAGAUUCACAGAGGCUAAAUUCUGUUCAAGACCUGCUGCACAAGUAUAGGUGCAUCAUUUCUAAACUGGCCCAAGUGGAUCCAGGCAGAUUGAAUCAUGAAGAGAAAUUAGCAUUCUGGAUCAAUGUACACAAUGCACUAGUAAUGCAUGCGUUUAUAGUAUACGGCGUUCCACGAGGAAGCCUAAAGAGGAUCUCCCUAGUCCUCAAGGCUGCAUACGACGUUGGAGGCCACACAAUCAGCGUUGACACUAUACAAAGCUCGAUUCUGAGGUGCAGACUGCCUCGUCCAACUCAGUGGCUGCACGCGCUGUUUUUCCCCAAGACGAAGUUCAAGGCAAGGGAUCCGCGCAAAUCAUAUGCAUUGAAGCAUCAAGAGGCGCGGCUGCACUUCGCCCUGUGCUCAGGAUGCCGGUCAGAUCCAACAGUUCGCCUCUACACGGCGAAGAGGGUGCACCAAGAGCUGGAGAUGGCUAAAGAAGAGUACAUCCAAAUGAGCAUAAAGGUGCACAAGGAGCAGAGGAGAUUGGUUGUGCCAAAGAAUGUGGAGUAUUUCAUAAAGGAAAUGGGGUUGUCUCCAUUAGGCACUGCAGAGAUGCUUGAGCACUCAAUGCCUCAUCCUGAUAGAGGGAAGCUAUGGCGAAAAGUCGAUUAUGCCCCUCACGACUUCGCCUUCCGUUUCCUGCUCUCGGACGAGCUCAUCAGAUGACAUGCAAUUUUUUCCACAGCUUUGAAUGACGAAUGAAUCGCUGAGUUAUGAGGAUUUUUUGUGAUGUGAUUCACUUGUCAUUCCAAAGACUGGUUGAUUUGUAUGUGUUGUGAGGAUUGUAAAGGAUUGAGUUUGUGUUGCCUUCUCCUUUUCAAUUGCAUUGUUUGUACAAUGUGUGUGCUUUAUUUUCA